AUGAUUCAACUCUCAUCAUCUAUUUCGUCACUUAGUUUUAAAACGAAUAUAAAACAAGCCGAGGAAGUCUUAUUACCAGAAGUUACAUCCAUUCUAUAUUCACAACAAAACAGUUCGAUUAAAAUAAAUAAUAACAAUAUGAAUACACAGGAAACAGAUAUUACUCCGAGUGUUCAAGAUGCUGAAUUAUUAUUAUCCUUCAGUUCAAAUGCACAGAAGCCUAGAAAACUGCAUCCAAAAUUUAGACCGUAUUUACAGGAACCAACUAAUACUUCUUUUUCUUCAUUUAAUAAUUUAAUAUUAUCAAAUAACUCCGAAAAUAUCACACGAUCAGGUUCACUAUCUUCUACGUCAGAUGAAUCAUUAUCGGAUAUCUCAUCUACAUCAUGUACAUCUCCAUAUUUAUCAUCGAAUGAUGAUAGUCAAUCAUCCAUAUAUUCGUCAGCUACAACUACACAAUCUUCUCCACCAUUAACAAAUAAUAUUACUGCUAAUAUUAAUAAUAAUAAUAAUCAACAGGAAUAUCAUGUACUUUAUGUUAAUCUCAAUGGUGAAUAUGUUCCUGUUGCACAAACAUCAUUUUUAGUUCAAACAAAAUCAGAAGCAACAGAUAACAAUUUAUUAUCAUCAGAUCGAAAAAAGAAUUAUACAUGUACAUUUAAUGGUUGUGUAAAAUCAUAUUUCAAAUCAUCUCAUCUCAAAGCUCAUAUGCGUCUACAUACUGGUGAAAAACCAUUUUCAUGUUCGUGGGCGAAUUGCGACAAAACAUUUGCGCGGUCGGAUGAAUUAAGUAGACAUCGACGAACACAUACCGGCGAAAAAAAACAUGUUUGUAUCGUAUGUCAAAAAGCCUUUAUGAGAAGUGAUCAUUUAGCUAAACAUCAAAAACGUCAUGCAAAAACAAUAUUAUCAUCAUCUUGA